GUACCCGCUCACGGAGGACAGGUGCAUGGAGCUGAUCAAGGAGUGGGCUGGCGAGGCGGGCGAGGACACCCCGGGUCCCGCCGACCCGGCCCCCACUGACGAGGAGGCGCUGCUGCGGGAGGCACGCUCCGUGUACGCGACAGGCCUCCUCUCCAUCGCCAUGACCAACGAGGACUACGCCGGCCAGGCCUCCUCCUCCGCCCUCGUACCCCAAGUUGCCAAGUACCUCCGGAAAACCCUCCUCGACUCGCCCCCUUCCGCUCCACACACCGCCGCUGCUGCCCCUGCCCCUGCUGCUGCUCCUCCUGCUCCGGCCGCUCCUGCUCCGGCGGCGGCGACGGCAGUAGCACCCGCACCCGCCGCCCCUGCGCCGCCUCGUCCGCCCCUGUGCCACCCCAUUGCCGUGCUUCGCCGCCUUCGUCUGCAGUACUGCGCCGCGCUUCUGGGCUGCGUGGGGGAGUUUGUGGACGCGUUGGGACCGUUGCUGGUGGAACGCGGCGCCGAGGCUUUACUAGAACUCAUGCGGCGGUACGGCAGUGGCGCUGGCGGCGGCGGGUUGUUGUACGGCAGUGGCGGCGGCGGCGGGGCUGACGGGCGUAUGUUGUACGACGCGCUGGGUGCAUGUGUUGCGCUGACGGCUCACCGGCGGUUCUCCGAGGUGUUUGUUGAGGCGGGGGGAGUGGAGGUGGUGCUGGGACUGCCGCGCAACCCCCACACCUACUCCGGCCUAGCCACCCUGCUGUACAGCCUGGCAGCUGCACCCCUGGCCUUCGAGCGACUCCUCACCCCCUCACCCUCCACCUCCACCACCACCACCACCUCCGCGGCAGUAGAGGGCAGUAGCGACCCUACAGCUACAGCAGGACCCACCACCACCACCACCACCACUACAACCACGGCCGGUGGUAGCGGUAAUGGUAACGCCGCAGCGGUGGUGUCCGCCGCCCUGUCGCUGCUGAGCUGCGGCCAGGACGGCGCCCGGCGCACCGCCGUGUCCUUCCUGUCCGCCAUCAUGACGGUCCCCGCCACCUUGCGGGAGUUCCAGGGGCAGGAGGGGGUGCGGCGCAUGCUGAACCUGCUGCGGGCGCUGCUGACGGGGGUGAGGGGGGCGGCGGCGGCAGCACCCGACCUGCGCACGGAGCGACAGGUCGGCUACUACGCCGCCCUCACUCUCCGCAUGUUCAUCGCCGCGCACCUCGUCCUCCACGUCUCCCACCUGCGUCGCUCCCUCACCCACCCGCCCUCCUCCUCCGCACCCCCACCCUCCGCCUCCUCCCCUCAAGACCCCACCUCUCCCUCCGCCACCGCCACCGCCCCAACCGCCCCAACCACAACCACCACAACCACCGCUCCUGCCGUACUGCCGUACUAUCGUCCCGUGGACACCAGCCGUGAAGCCCUGGACGCCCUCACGUCCUCCCUGGAGUGCGACCGCCGCCUAGCGGAGGCCUUUGCACGCUGCCGCUGGCCCGCCCUGGAGCUGCUGCUGGACGCGGGGGCUCCCGGGGUGCUGCUGGAGCUGGUUUCAGAGCUGCCCCAUGAGAGGUGGUUCCAUGAAACCAUGCAGGCGGCGCUGGAGGGGCUGCGCAUGUUGACGCAGGCACCGCUGGCGAGGAAGGCGGUGCUGGGGGCGGUGGUGACGCUGGGAGGAG